AUGGAAGUAGAAGCCAUGAAAACUAGAGUACAAAACCUAGAGAAGGCUGCUAUGUAUAUUCUAGUAUUCCAUGUAUAUAAAAGAAAUCUAAUUAUACAUGGAAUACUAGAAAAGAAGAAAAACAAUAGUGAUAUAGAGUGUACCUUAGAAACUUUAAACAAACAAAGUGAGGCAACUGACAUGGAAACGUGGGACAAGUGGGAGCUGAACAAGUUUUGCAGAACCAGAAAUAAAUCUACAUGUCCUAUACUUAUCUCAGUUACACUCGGCUGGAGCCAUGAUAUUGUGUUAAAAAACAACAAGAAGUUCACAAAGAGAUAUAUGCCACAGAAAAUCUUCCCAAAAAAGCUUUAA